AUGGCCAGCCGUCUCUUCCUGCUCCAGCGGCACACAAGGUUGUGGCGGCGACAGGAACCACGGUCUCGCUCACUUUUCCCUUCGUCUUACGGUGGGAGCUUGGCGUCUUCCCAUGGGACGCUGGAGCUGCUCGCGCAUCUGCCCAGCUCACCAUCUUAUACUUUCCACAAGGUUUUCAACCGAGAUCCUGGGUUCUUCAGUUGGUUGCAAAGUUGUAACAUUCAAGCCUACCAUUGUAUCCAUACAAGUCGAUCAGUCAAUAGUGGAAAUCAGGCUACUGCAGGGCCUCAUCAAAAUCCAGGAGUGUCUGUACCAGUUGAUUCUAGUGAACCAAAACCCAAGAGGAAAAAGCUGAAAGGAAGGAGGGCAGUAACAAGAUUUUUGAAAUCCUUGAGAUGGAAAAAGAAAAAGGAGAUCCAAAGAAUGACUGCAGAGGAGAAGAUUUUGUACAAACUGAAGCUAGCUCGAAAGAAGGAAGAGCGGCUUGUUGCAGCACUGAAAAAAAUUGAACCGGAAGAUCCAUCAGAACCUACACAUGAUCCCGAGGUGCUUACACCUGAAGAGCACUUCUACUUCCUCAAGAUGGGCCAAAAAUGUAAAAACUAUGUGCCUGUUGGAAGACGUGGAAUUUAUCAGGGAGUGAUCUUGAACAUGCACUUGCAUUGGAAAAAGCAUCAAACUCUCCAGGUAAUUGUGAAAACAUUCACACCAGAGGAGGUCAAGGAGGAAAUUGCCACUGAGUUAGCCAGACUAAGUGGUGGGAUUGUGCUUGACAUUCAAGAUGGGAACACAAUUAUCAUGUACAGAGGGAAAAACUAUGCACAGCCACCACCAGAAAUCAUGUCUCCAAAAGUUUCACUCUCUAGGAAAAAGGCACUGGAUAAAUCCAAAUAUAUGGAAAAGCUCAGAGCUCUUAGGCGGUAUAUUCCUAGGCUUGAGCAGGAGCUUGAAGAUCUUUAUGCGCAGAUGAAGUUAGCUGGAGAGCAUAAAGGACAAAGUGUAGGGAAACAUGUUGCUUCAAUUUCACACAAUACAAAUAGUAUGCCAGCGAGAAAAGAACCUUGUAGUUCAGUUCACAGCAAAACCGUAUCUGAUCUCCUGUCAGGAAGUGUAGAGGGAUCCAAGAGGUUAGAGGAUGAAAGUUCUGAGGUUGAGGAUGACUCAGCUUCAGAGUCUUUGUCAUUUUCAGAGUCUGAGGAUCUCUCUGACAUUUUUGAGACAGAAUCAGAGGAGCAGGAAGAGGACAACAAGGAUCGCCCCUUGUAUCUCGAUAGGCUGGAUAAGUUUCCCUCAGAAAAAAAUGAUAACGAACCAGAUGAUUUCGAGGCGCAUCUACGGAAGAUCGCUUCACUUUCAGAUAAGACUGAUUCACCUUCAAAAGAACUGAAAGUGUCAGAGCUCGACGAGAUUGAUAAAAUCUUUCUGAGAGCUAGUUCAUUGUUGAAGAAAAGGUGA